GUAAUUGUGAAAUAUGUUUACACUCUGGACACUAAUUGAGGCCUCACUGCUCUGCCUCAAUGCAGUGUGCAUAUUGCACGAGGAACGCUUCUUGGCAAAGUUUGGCUGGGGAAGACAAGCCGGUCAGCAGGAUUUUGGGGCGCCAAGCGCCAAGGAUCAGGUCUUAAAUCUCAUUCGCUCUAUUCGCACCGUGGCCAAGAUUCCGCUGAUAUUUCUUAAUAUUAUAGCGAUUAUAUUUAAACUGUUACUUGGAUAGUGCUUAAAAUCUAAUUUUAAUAAAUGUACUAGUAAUGCUCGUUCCAA